UCUUCUAAAAAACAAACAAAAAGAGAGUGAAAGAAAAGGCGGGAAAAUCUUCAUAGUCGGUGAAAACCUCACACACACUCACACAGUCGCCGCUCCUUCUCAAUUCAUCUCAAAUCAUCAUCUCCAGAUCUCUCUCUCCCAGUCUCCUCUCAAAAAUGAACGGCGGCGAUUAUCGCCGGCGAGGAUUCGACCGGAAAGACAGCAAGAUCUCGAAGAAGCAGAAACUUAUUCUCUCCGCCGAGGAAAAACUCGAAUCGAAGCUCGGUUACGAUCUCUUCAGUGAAGGCGAUAAGCGUCUCGGAUGGCUCCUCACUUUCUCCUCUUCGUCCUGGGAAGACGAAGAGACAAGGAAAGUGUAUAGCUGUGUAGAUCUCUACUUUGUUUGCCAGGAUGGUUCGACUUUCAAAUCAAAGUACAAGUUUCGGCCUUAUUUUUAUGUGGCGACGAAGGAUAAGACGGAAAUGGACGUUGAUGCGUAUUUAAGGCGACGAUAUGAAGGUCAAAUUGCCGAUAUUGAGAUUGUAGAUAAAGAAGACCUUAAUCUUAAAAAUCAUCUUUCAGGCAUUCGGAAGACGUAUUUAAAGAUAUCUUUCGACACAGUCCAACAAUUGAUGAACGUAAAGAGUGAUCUAGUGCAUGUUGUCAAGAGAAAUCAGGCAGAAUUUGAUGCUGCACAAGCAUAUGAAUCCAUACUGGCAGGGAGAAGCAAACAACGAACCCAAGAUUUUAUAGAUUACAUCAGCGAUCUGCGAGAGUACGAUGUCCCUUACCAUAUUCGUUUUGCCAUUGAUAAAGAUGUAAGAUCGGGGCAGUGGUAUGAUGUUAGCGUGUCUAGUACUGGAGUCACGCUGGAAAGGAGGACUGAUCUUCUGCAACGUGCUGAAGUUCAUGUUUGCGCUUUUGAUAUUGAGACCACAAAGUUGCCUUUAAAGUUUCCUGAUGCCGAAUAUGACUCAGUAAUGAUGAUCUCGUAUAUGAUUGAUGGACGUGGUUAUCUAAUCAUUAACAGAGAGUGUGUUGGAGAAGAUAUCGAAGAUCUGGAGUACACUCCAAAGCCUGAAUUUGAAGGGUGCUUCAAAGUCACAAAUGUUAAAAAUGAGAAAGAACUUAUCUGUCAGUGGUUUACCCACAUGCAAGAGUUGAAGCCUGGUAUUUAUGUAACAUACAAUGGGGACUUUUUUGACUGGCCCUUUCUCGAAAGAAGAGCUGCGUAUCAUGGGAUGCAAAUGAAUGAUGAACUAGGAUUUCAAUGUGACAUGAAUCAAGGGGAAUGUCGUGCGAAGUUUGCUUGCCAUCUCGAUUGUUUCGCUUGGGUCAAACGUGAUAGCUAUCUUCCUCAAGGGAGCCAGGGCCUCAAGGCUGUUACUAAGGCAAAAUUAGGGUAUGACCCAUUGGAGGUGAACCCCGAGGAUAUGGUUCGUUUUGCGAUGGAAAAUCCCCAGAUGAUGGCGUCGUACUCUGUAUCUGAUGCUGUCUCCACUUACUACUUGUAUAUGACAUAUGUUCAUCCUUUCAUUUUCUCCCUUGCAACAAUAAUACCCAUGCCACCUGACGAGGUUCUGCGAAAAGGAAGUGGAACCCUUUGUGAAAUGCUACUCAUGGUCCAGGCAUAUAAAGCAAAUAUCAUUUGUCCAAACAAGCACCAAUCUGACCCAGAGAAGUUCUUCGGUAAUCAGCUACUUGAGAGUGAGACAUAUAUUGGUGGCCAUGUGGAGUGCUUAGAAAGUGGUGUUUUCAGAUCUGAUCUCCCAACAAGUUUCAAGCUCGAUCCAUCUGCUUACAUGCAACUUAUCAACAACCUUGACCGUGAUCUGCAAUAUGCUAUAAGGGUAGAGGGGAAGAUGGAUGUUGAAUUAGUCUCUAAUUAUGAAGAAGUGAAGAGUGCCAUCAUGGAAAAGCUUCUGAGCUUGAGAGAUGCACCUUUACGUGAAGAAUGCCCUCUCAUCUAUCAUUUAGAUGUGGCUGCAAUGUAUCCAAAUAUUAUAUUGACAAACAGGCUUCAGCCACCAUCAAUAGUUUCAGAUGAAGUAUGCACUGCAUGUGAUUUUAAUCGACCUGGGAAAACUUGCCUCCGAAAUCUUGAAUGGGUUUGGCGUGGGGAGACAUACAUGGCAAAGAGAAGUGAUUAUUAUCACAUAAAGAGGCAACUUGAGUCUGAGCUCGUUGAUGGUGUGGAUGGGCAUCCAUCAAAACCUUUUUUGGACCUCCCUAAAGUGGACCAGCAAUUAAAGCUGAAAGAUCGUUUGAAAAAAUAUUGCCAAAAGGCUUAUAAACGUGUGCUUAACAAGCCGAUUACAGAACUUCGAGAAGCAGGGAUUUGCAUGCGAGAAAACCCAUUCUAUGUUGACACUGUCCGCAGCUUUCGAGACAGAAGAUAUGAAUACAAGGGGCUUAAUAAAGUUUGGAAGGGGAAACUAUCAGAAGCAAAGGCUAGUGGCAAUCCUAUUAAAAUCCAAGAAGCGCAAGAUAUGGUAGUGCUCUAUGAUUCAUUACAGCUGGCUCACAAGUGUAUUUUGAAUUCCUUCUAUGGAUAUGUCAUGCGCAAGGGUGCAAGAUGGUACUCCAUGGAGAUGGCAGGAGUUGUCACAUAUACUGGAGCGAAAAUUAUUCAGAAUGCUCGCUUACUUGUUGAAAAAAUUGGAAGACCGCUUGAAUUAGACACAGACGGUAUAUGGUGUGCCCUACCGGGAUCCUUUCCUGAGAAUUUCACUUUUAAGACGAGGGACUUGAAAAAGAAGCUCACAAUAUCUUAUCCCUGUGUGAUGCUUAACGUUGAUGUGGCAAUGAACAAUACAAAUGAUCAGUACCAGACACUCAACGAUUCUCUGAACAGAACGUAUACAACUCACAGCGAGUGCUCAAUUGAAUUUGAAGUGGAUGGGCCCUAUAAGGCUAUGAUUCUUCCUGCUUCAAAGGAAGAAGGAAUUCUAAUUAAAAAACGGUAUGCUGUUUUCAAUGAUGACGGGACUCUGGCGGAGUUGAAAGGUUUUGAAAUCAAGCGCAGAGGUGAGCUAAAGCUCAUUAAAGUUUUCCAGGCUGAGCUUUUCGACAAGUUCCUGCAUGGGUCGACCUUAGAGGAAUGUUAUGCUGCAGUUGCCGCUGUUGCCAAUAGAUGGCUUGACCUUUUGGAUAAUCAAGGCAAAGACAUUGCAGAUAGCGAGUUGCUCGAUUAUAUAUCAGAAUCGAGCACAAUGAGCAAAUCCUUAGCAGAAUAUGGGACACAGAAGUCAUGUGCUGUAACUACAGCAAAACGACUUGCUGACUUCCUUGGUGAUACAAUGGUCAAGGACAAAGGACUACGUUGUCAGUAUGUUGUUGCUUGUGAACCAAGGGGAACUCCAGUGAGUGAGCGUGCUGUUCCAGUUGCAAUUUUUGAAACUGAUGCUGAAUUAAUUAAGUUUUAUGUAAAGAAGUGGUGCAAGAUCUCAUCAGAUGUCGGCAUCAGGUCCAUUAUUGAUUGGUCCUACUACAAGCAGCGGCUUUGUUCAGCAAUUCAGAAGAUUGUUACUAUUCCAGCUGCAAUGCAGAAGGUAUCAAACCCUGUACCUAGAGUUAUUCAUCCUGAUUGGCUGCAUAAGAAGGUUCGGGAGAAAGAGGACAAGUUUCGCCAAAGAAAAUUGGUUGAUAUAUUUAGUUCGAGGAACAAAGAUGAUGCUAAAGGGCAGAGAGCUGUUUCUGAUUCUGAUAAUAAUGGAAGAUGUGGACCAAACAUAGAAGAUAUGGAAGACUUCAGGACCACUGAAAAAGUUUCUGCUAGAGGACCUCGUCCUAUUGUUCGGUGUUAUGAAGUCAAUAAUGGAAAGGAUGCAAUAAAAAGUUCCCAGGUGAACCAUUCCAAUCAACCCACUGAUCAUAGCCAGAGUGCACACGAAAUGUUAAAUCCACAGCAACAAAAUGAUAUCUGCAUGAAAGAUAUAGAUAGAAAUUCAGAUUACCAAGGAUGGCUUGAUAUAAAGAAGAGAAAAUGGAAAGAGGCCCGCGAGAAAAGGAAGCGGCGAAGGUUGGACAAUGCAAAGAAUCUAAGCCAGAAUUCUGAUGUUGCUGGGACAUCAGGUGGAGUCAAUCAGAAGCAAAUUCGGGGAAAACCUGGGGUUAGUUCAUACUUUGAGAGACAGGAAUUGGCCCUAACACGAAGCCACUGGCAGAUUAUUCAGAUUGAACCUAGUUCACAGUAUGGUCGUUUUUUUGCAUGGGUUUCUGUACAAGGAGUUAUGCGCAAGAUCCCCAUAAAUGUGCCCCGAGUUUUCUACCUGAACUCUAAAGCUCCUGUAACAGAAGAUUUUCCUGGUAGGCGUGUCAACAAAAUUCUUCCUCAUGGACACAAUAAUUAUAACCUGAUUGAGGUUAUAAUUGAUGAAGAUCAAUUUUGGGCAGAGAGCAGGAAACUAGCAGCUCACCUUUCUGAUCCAGAAGUUGAGGGCAUAUAUGAAACCAAGGUGCCAUCAGAAUUUAAUGCCAUCUACCAGAUCGGCUGCGUUUGCAAAGUGGAUAAGUCAGCUGCGAAGCGUAGUGCUGAAGAUGGAUGGAGUCUGAGUGAGUUGCAUAUGAAGACCACUACUGAGUGCUCUUACUUAGAACAAUCAUUUUCUUUCUUCUACUUGUACCAUAGCGGAUCUGAGGGACGGGCAAUGUAUGCAGGGUAUUUCCCUGCAUCUGGAACAAUAUCAGUUGUCUUAGUUAAUACCGUUCAGAAUAAGGAAAUAACACCAUAUAUUCUGGAGAGACAAUUUCGCGAUGCUUGUCAAGCAUUUUCUGUUGAUUCUUCGGUUCUCAGAGAUGGUACUGUUUUUAAGGUAGAUUAUGUUGGCUCCAUCAAGGAUGCAGAGAAACUUCUACAAAGGACCAUAGUUGAAUACAAAAACCUACAUCCUGGACCUGGAAUUGCUGUCAUUGAGUGUCCCUAUGUUAAUUCGAUGAAGUCAGGGAUAAGAGCUCUUAAUGAAUUUCCUUGUGUCAGUAUGCCCUCCAAUGCUAAUGAUAGUCAAUAUCAGGCUAUUGGAUGGCAAAUUGUUGCUACAAAAAAAGGGAUGCAACGGUGUGCUGCAUCAUCUCAGUGGUUGAAUGAGAGGAUUUCGCUUUCAAGAUAUGCACAUAUUCCAUUAGGCAAUUUUGAACUUGAUUGGCUUAUACAUACAGCAGACAUCUUUUUUGCCAGAGCAUUACGUGAUCACCAACAGGUGCUUUGGAUAUCUGAUAAUGGCAAUCCAGAUCUUGGAGGAACUAACGAAGAAGAUUCAUGUUAUACAGACGAGGUUGAUCAACCAGUCCUCACAUAUCCAGGAGCAUAUAGGAAAGUGUCGGUGGAGCUUAAGAUCCAUCACCUGGCUGUCAAUGCUCUUUUAAAAAGCAACCAAGUAAAUGAGAUGGAAGGAGGUGCUUUAUUUGGAUCAGAACAUGACUCAAGCACUGGGCCCCACGAUUCCCAUGAACAAUCUGGUUUCGAUGAAGCUACUUCUUGUUCACCAGCAUUUCGUGUCCUCAAACAAUUGAUUCAAAGAUGCCUUGCAGAUGCGGUAACUUCUGGAAAUGUUUUUGCCGACGCAAUAUUGCAACAUUUGUAUCGAUGGCUAUGCAGUCCACACUCAAAGCUUCACGACCCAGCCCUUCACCGUAUGCUUCACAAGGUCAUGCAAAAGGUCUUCGCACUGUUAUUGGCUGAAUUUCGCAAGCUGGGGGCUACUAUCAUAUUUGCUAACUUCUCAAAGAUCAUAAUAGACACCGGAAAAUCUGAUCUAUCUGCAGGCAAAGCUUAUUGCGAUAGCUUACUCAGAGCACUGCAAACAAGGGACUUAUUUGAGUGGAUUGAGCUUGAACCUAUGCAGUUUUGGUAUUCUUUGCUUUUCAUGGAUCAGUACAACUAUGGUGGUAUUCAGGCUAAAGUUGAUGGUAAAUUAUCUGAAGAUACUGCAAAAUCAGAUAAUGAGGACAUGCUUGAUGAAUCUCAAGUAGAUAUUGUACCUAGCUGGAGUGUCAUGGAAAACUUGCCCAAGGAAAUGCAGGAUCACUUCGUAUUGGUUGUCUCUGAAUUUAUCUAUCUUCCUUGGAAAGAACAAGUUCUCAAGAAAGAAUCUAUGAGGAACGGAAGUUUAUGCACUCCAUCAAUAACUGCUGCAACUGCUGAAGCUUUUGAGUCACAAAUGUCUGAUUAUAUUAGGGGACAGGUUACUUCUUAUUUUACCGGUAAACUUCUUGGUAUUGUACGAGAUGCCAAUCUUCAUAUGAAGGGAAUGGACAAAUCACUGAAUGGAAAUCCACAAGUUGGUAAUGAUAUAUAUACAGGGGAUCAUGCAUUAGAGUUCAUUAAGCAUGUAUGUGCUGUUAUGGCGCUUGACCAAAACGUUCAGCAUGAUAUUCUGAUAAUGAGGAAGAAUCUCCUAAAGUAUGUGCGUGUAAGGGAGUUUGCACCAGAGGCAGAGUUUCAAAAUCAUUCUCUAGGCUUUUCUUUACCAAAUGUCAUUUGCAGCUACUGCAAUGACUGCAGAGACCUAGACUUAUGUCGAGACAGAGCUUUAAUGGCUCAAGAAUGGCGCUGUCAAUGCGGGCAACCUUAUGACCGUGAGGUGAUGGAGAAUGGCCUUCUCCAGAUUGUACGACAAAGAGAACGCCUUUAUCAUCUACAGGACCUGGUGUGCCUCAAGUGCAACCAGGUGAAAGCUGCACACUUGGCUGAGCACUGUGCAUGUGCAGGAUCGUUCAGGUGCAAAGAAGUUUUUCCGGAGUUCCGUAGCAAAAUGGAAGUCCUUUUCAAGAUAGCCAAGCACCAGAAAUUUCAACUACUUCAAGAAUGCACCUCAUGGAUUUUAGAAGUUAAGUAGUUGAUAAAUUUUUGCCCUGCACACCAAUUUAGAUGAGUAGCAAGCUUGCACAUAACUAUAGGACACACCGAAUUGACAAAUGCAGAUAUAAAGUUGGCAAAAGACAAAACGAAACCUAAAGAUGCUGGGGUACUGUCAGACUGUCAGUCAUACAAUAGGCACUGCACAUCAGUGACAUCACUGAUCACUUGUAUUGUAUUCUCUGUGCGUACAUAGUCAGGAUCGGAGCAUAUCAGUAAUUGGCUAAUUGCUGCUUCAUGCUCAUUUUGUAAAUAAAAAUGUAGAACUAAUGAUCAAUAUAUAAUUUUAGCAUAAGUUGUGCUCGUGGCAUGGUUUAAUACAUCAUAUUACCCGGAGCUUUGCCAAAUAUUCCCAUUCA